AUGGCCAACCCCCCACCCUUAACAGGCCUCAAAGUCCUCGAGUUCGCCGGCCUCGCCCCAGGCCCCUUCGCAGGCCUCCUCCUCGCCGACGCGGGCGCGUCCGUGAUCCGCGUCGACCGGCCCUCGACGUCCCCGACCGCCGACCACCUGACGCGGCACAAGGCCUCGGUGGCGGUGGACCUGUCGACGCCGGCGGGGCGCGCGGUAGCCACCCGGCUCGCGCGCGCCGCCGACGUGCUCAUCGAGCCGUUCCGCCCGGGCGUCAUGGAGCGGCUGGGGCUGGGCCCGGACGAGCUGUGCGCCGCGAACCCGGCGCUCGUCUACGCGCGCAUGACGGGCUUCCGCCGCGACGGCCGCUACGCCGCCAUGGCGGGCCACGACAUCAACUACCUGGCCGUCGGCGGGGUGCUGGGCAUGCUGGGCCCGGCGGGGGGGCGGCCCGCGCCGCCGGUCAACAUCCUGGGCGACUUUGCGGGCGGCGGCGCCGUGCUGGUGCAGGGCGUGCUGAUGGCGCUGCUGGCGAGGGCGCGCACGGGGAGGGGCCAGGUCGUCGAGGCGAACAUGGUGGACGGCGCCGGCUACCUAGCUACGUUCCCGCGGUUCGCGAGGAAGACGCCCAUGGGUGACGGCCCGCGGGGCACGAAUGUCUUAGAUGGCGGGUGCCCGUACUACGAUACCUACGAGACGAGGGAUGGGAGGUACGUGGCUGUCGGCGCGCUGGAGCCGCAGUUCUACGCGGCACUUGUCAAGGGCCUGGGGCUUGAGGGCCAGGGGUGGGAGCAGAGGAGGCUCGACCGCGACUGCUGGCCCGAGAUGAGGGCUACGUUCGAGACGAUAUUCGGGAGCAGGACGAGGGACGAGUGGGAGGCGGUGUUUGACGGCACGGACGCGUGCUGCACGCCUGUCUUUGACUACGCAGAGCUAGAAGGGGCUGGUGAGGGGAGAGAGGGGGACCAGAGACCGAUUGUGACGCUGCGGGAGACGCCUUGCCUCGCUGUUGACUCGGGGCCGAGGCCAUCCACGGCCGACGCGGUCAGUCGUGGCCAGGGCCCUGGUGUCCCUGGCAAUGGGUACGUCGGCAAGGCUCUGGUGCCGGGAGAGAAUGGCGAGACGGCACUCAGAGACUGGCUCGGCUGGGAGAAAGGGAAGCAGUACGAUGUUGAGAAUGAUGGUCUAGUUCUGAGGACGGGCUCUAAGCUGUGA